CUUUAUCCGGGAAGCGAAAACCGCUAUGUAGCAAAACUGCUUAGGAGAAAACGAGCAACAUUGCAGCGACUGUAGUAUUUGUUUACAAUAAUUUAAAGCGGCGGCCGGUAUAGUAUACACCCGUUUUGAAGAUGAAAGUGAGAUAACAAGUGUGUAUUUGUUGUUAAGAGCAGAAAUGGAGAAGCAGUCGCGUCUGUUGUGCUCUGAGCUGUGUGUCCAGCGUAGAUUGUUUGAGGUCACAUUAAACUGCGCGAUUCUCGCGUGGAAAGACAUAAAAAUCGCCAAAAAACACACCGGACGCGCCAUAUAUCGAGCUGUCAAAGCGGGUAGUCAUUGUGUCCCAGUGUGUGAAAUUAUAGCCGUUCAGGAAAAAGAAGAUGACUCUCCUUGUAAAGACACUGGGAAAUGGCAGAAGGUUCCUCAGAGCCCAGCGGACUCAUGCCAGCACGCUUUCACAGUGUUCUACGUAGAGAGGAUGAGGCAGCACUGCUGGCGGUGCAGCAAUGUGACUUUCCACUGCUCUGAACAUUCCAUGUGUCUGCUCUGGGUCCAAACUAUUAGGGAACAACUUGCAUUGUUGACCAAUCGACCGAAGAAUUUGCUAGUGUACAUCAACCCCUACGGAGGAAAACAACGUGGGAAGCAGAUUUACGACCACAAAGUGGCCCCCAUCUUUUCCCGGGCUUCCGUUUCCACCGACGUGAUUGUUACCGAACGUGCAAAUCAUGCCAGGGACCACUUGAAGACGGAGGCUGAUCUGAAGAAGUAUGACGGUGUGGUGUGUGUUGGAGGAGAUGGCAUGUUCAGCGAGAUGAUGCAUGGCCUUGUCUCCCGUACACAGCGAGAAGCAGGUGUGGACGAGAACUCUAUGGAGGAGACCCUUAUGCCAUGUGGACUUCGCAUCGGCAUCAUUCCUGCAGGUUCGACUGACUGUAUAUGCUACGCAACAGUUGGCUCAAAUGACCCUGUCACCUCAGCACUGCACAUCGUUGUGGGUGAUUCUCAGCCAAUGGAUGUCUGCUCAGUGCACAAUGAAGAUAGCUUCCUGCGUUACUCUGUGUCACUAUUGGGUUACGGGUUCUAUGGAGAUGUGCUGACAGACAGUGAGAGGAAGCGCUGGAUGGGCCCGGCCCGUUACGAUAUCUCAGGUGUUAAAACUUUUCUGUCACAUCGCUACUAUGAGGGAACUGUGUCCUUUUUACCUGCUGAAGGGGACUCGGGAACUCCCAGAGACAAAAUGCAGUGCCGAUCUGGGUGUAGUAUCUGUCUGCAAACCUCUUCUGACCAACUGGUCAGCAAAAAUGAAGACAGCGUUUCUGAUGCUGAGUGUGGGGAUACAUGGACGGUCAUCAGGGGAAAGUUCUUGGCCAUCAAUGCUGCCAGCAUGAGUUGUGCGUGUCCUCGCAGUCCUAAAGGUCUGUCGCCAUCAGCGCACUUAGCAGAUGGAACUACUGACCUCAUCCUCGUCAGGAAGUGCUCCAGACUCAACUUCCUGUGCCACCUGCUGCGCCAUACCAAUAAGGAAGACCAGUUUGAUCACUCUUUUGUGGAGGUGUACCGGGUCAAGCAGUUCCGAUUCACCCCCAGAUACCAGGAGUGUGAUUCCGAAGUGGACCUGAGAGAGAGCGGAGCGACAGGCAAGCGAUUCCUUAGUCAGAUCUGCAGGGAGCACAGAGCCUGUGGCUGCAUGCCUUCCCAGAGCAACUGGAACUGUGAUGGAGAGAUCCUUCCACACACUGCCAUUCAAGUCCUGGUCCACAGCCAAUUGAUCAAGCUGUUUGCGAGAGGCAUUGAAGAGCAGCCAGUGUUUGAGGACCCGUAUGCUCAAUGUGCAAUAUAGAUGGUCCACUCCACUUAAGAAACCUCCAGCUGGAUCAUGAAGAAUUGAGAUUCUUUAAAUGGAAGAGUCACCUUCAGCUCAGCAGCACAAUAUCAUGCUGUUUUACCCAGAUAAUCGUCAUGAAGAUGCUUUGGAAACACACUGAGCUGGAGUCAACAGCAUUUUCACAGCAUUUAAAUAGGCUUUAUUAGAUUUGUGUAAGAUAGGAUUAGCUGUUUCAUCUAGGUAUUAGUUUUGCCGUUUUUUUCAUUUCAGUCCUUGAAGGCCUUGAAGUUGCUGGUGAUAUCUCUUGCUGUAUGCGACGGCUUCCAGUUGUCAGCAUUUGUCUUCCACCACGAUCAAGCUGGUCUUGAGAGUAGCGUUAAUUGAAUCCCAAAGUCAAAUUCCUGGAACUGUGAAAACUCUGGUAUGUUUAUGAAUACAUUCUUCUUGGUUGCACCUUCACUGUUUAUUUUAGGUAUAAAGCACAUGAGGUGGUCAGCUGAUAAAGUUAUUGGUAUACCAAAAACGUUUGUGGUUUAUGUUGAACGCUUUGUUGGUCAUUCAAAAAUUAAAGUUCUGUUAUCAUUUACUAAAAAAAAGCUCCAAAUUGAUUUUAAGUUGUUAAUCACUACCAGCAGUGUUACUGUUAAAGGGAUAGUUCACCCCCCAAAAAAUUUAAGUUUGUUAUUAUUUAUUCACCCUCAAGUUUUGCCAAAUUUGUUCGAGUUAGAUUCUUCUGUUGAACAUAGAAGAUAUUUUGAAGAAUGUCGGUAACCAAGUCAAUUCCUCAACUAUUCCUUUAAAAAGUUAGCAUGAAGUAAUAUGUCAUAUAGACAGUGAAGCCUACAUUAAAUCAAAUUUACAUAUGAUCAGAACAUCCUGUGAUCGCUUUAAAGGAGACAUAUACUGUUAUUAUCCAAAUGGCACAUCUGAUCAGUAUAAAUCCGGUUCCCAAAAAAACACACCUCUUGACCAAUUCUAAUGUAUCAUUUACCUCUCUUACCACAGUUGGUUUUGUUUUCCAGACAUUUCACGCAUCAAAAUGUAGCUUUAGCGAGCUAGAUUACAAGCUUUGACAGCUACACAAUGUCACUGCAGGGUCAGCAUAUGUACGGCUGUUCAUCAGACGCAAUGUAAAUGUAAAUACUGUUGCGCUCUUCUCUGCGUUGUCUUCCUUGGUUGCACCCCCCGAGAAUAUUUCCUCCCUUUAUAAUGAAUUUUGUGUUUGUGCUUCCUAUGCUGAUGUCUUAUUUCUUCUGAAAGAUCUUAUUGUUCCUGUGGUAUCGAAGAAUGAAGGAGUUUUUGAUAGACAGAGAAAUUGCUUUUUGCUGUUGUGCAUGUCAGCUGCUUUAAUAUGCAAUUUUUAAAGUGUUUUCUUCAGCUGUACUAGUGAUUGAGGGCAAGGAUUUCCCAUGAUGCAUCUGUAGAGGCGACACAACUUCUGUAGCCAUUACAGGGAAUAUUGUUCACGUCCUUCAUAGACUGAAAGAUUGUAUGGAAGUAAAUUUUUGCCACAUAAGAAAACAAAAACUGCUUUUGGUAAAUUAUAAUUAUGACAUAAGUCAUAAUUGAUCAAU